CUGAAAGCCAAUAAGAGUAGGAACCCAUUGUUGGAUUUGACUGGCCGGAUGGGAUUCCUGCUUCUGUUGCUUCUCCUCACAGAGAGAGGGCUGUCCAUGCCAAGUCUUCAAAGGUAAAUCACUGCUUGGUGGUCCUGCACUCUCCAUUAGGGGAAAAUAAAUAAAUGUGUACAAUGAAUUGUAUACCUGACUCUUGCCACCCAGAUAUGGCAUGGAAUGAGGGUGAAGAAAAGUGGGUCAUUUGAAAUGAAAGCCACUUGCCUGCCUUUCUUUAGGAAUCAGGUACACUUUAUUAAGGAAUCAUGGCAGCAGGUUAAAUCAGAGAUAGCCAUUAAGUCUCACUGCAUGACCCCUUCUCAAAGGAAACUCGUGCCAAAUAUAAAACAACAGCUAGCAGUAGGAUUAUAUUCCAAAGGCUCAACAUCUGGGUAGAUCAACCCAUCUCACAUGCCCUAAUUCCUAUUGAAAUUGUCAGCAGGCACAUUCUAGGGAUAUUUUGCUCCUGCUGGCACUAAGAAAAGAAAACCGCAAUAUGUGGUUUAUGUUCAUUCUUCUUCAGGGUUUGUUGGGGGACUAAACAAAGGAAGGGAGGCCUCAAAGAGUAUCAUUAGACAGAAUUUUACCAAGGUUAAAAGUCGUAACCACCAAACAGCACUGGGCUGCAUCAGAGCAUGAUUUUCAUGUUGCAUUUUAGUGUAAUGGCCAUCACUGUUUUGGUAUAGUGAACCACUUCAAAGUUGUAUCAAGUCAAAUUUCUUUGGAGAAUUUAGAUUUUCAUGCAAACCCCUUGAUUAUUAUAAAUGCUUGAAAUCACUGCAUUGCUUGGUGUCCUGAAGAAAGAUGCAGAAGGGGGUGGGGGGGCAGGGAAAAUGGGGCCACGGGCGGUACAAAAAUAAGAUCUUCAAUAAAUACUGCACAGUUAUCCACCAUCUUUUGGGUCUGUACAUGCUUUUCAAACAAGACAUUAUAAAUGGAAAGUGAUGUAAUAAACAGAUAAAAUUAAUUAGUUAAUAAGGUUUUAAAUAGUUGCAUUUUCAAAAUGUGAUUUGAUUACAUCUAUAAUUCCUUGAUCAAGAGGAUAUGUUAUGGUUUGGAGGAAAGUUUUUUAACUACGGAGGAUUUAUUAUAGGCACUUGCACUUGUUUUAAUUGCACAUUUGGGCUAGUGCUCUGUGCUUUGUUUUAUAAAUUAUUAUUUGGCUGGGAAGGUGUUUUGAAAUAACCACGUGGGGAACUCCCUCCGCACUAAUAGUCCAUAAGAUCAGGGCUUUAGGCAGCAACCAUCGCAGUUCCUGACCUUGUCCUCUUCUGCAGCAGGCUCAGUCCGUCUGUCCCAGAGGAAUUCUCUGCACCCCUGGAGCUCCAGCAGCAGCACUUUGGCCUGGUGGAUGGCAUGUAUUCCUUCCAGUUCCUACUACGCAACAGCAUAGGGCAAGGAGAGCUAAUGUGUUGCCCUCCAGAUGUUGAUGGACUACUGUUCCCACCAUCCCUGACCCUUGCCUAUGCUCGCUGGGGCUGAUGGGAGUUGUAGUCCUUACCUCUGGGCAAAGGGAUCGUCAAUAUAUAGGCACAAGCUCAAAAAAAAAGUCCCUUCCAGGUUAUUAGAAGAGAAACCUUUCCCAAUUUUUGGUCCCCAGAUGUCAUUGGACUACAGCCCAGUUAUUCCUGGCCAGCAAAAGUAAUCAUAGGUGAUUGGUGGAAGUCGUAAUCCAACAUCUUGCGGAUCUGUUGGUAGGGAAAGCUGCAGCAGAGGCAUUUCUGACCACUGCAAGAUGGUCUGAGCAUUUCAAACCUAUUAUGGCGUCACUGUUCCGGCUACCAAGUUUCUGAACUUAAUUCAAAGCCUUAUGCAGCUCAAGGACUGCUUCUCCCCAACAUGAACCAACCUGGAUCAUGCAUGUAGUUUGGGGUUGUCCUCUGUGUGCCCUCUCCAAGGAAAGUGGGGUGGGUGGUAACACAAGAAUACAGUGGUGCCCCGCAAGACAAAUGCCUCGCAAGACGAAAAGCUCGCUAGACGAAAGAGUUUUCCGUUUUUUGAGUCGUUCCGCAAGACGAAUUUCCCUAUGGGCUUGCUUCGCAAGACGAAACGUCUUGCGAGUUCUUGCGAGUUUGUUUCCUUUUUCUUAAAGCCGCUAAGCCGUUAAUAGCCGCUAAGCCGUUAAUAGCCGCUAAGCCGCUAAUAGCCGCACUUCGCAAGACGAAAAAACCGCAAGACGAAGAGACUCGCGGAACGGAUUAAUUUCGUCUUGCGAGGCACCACUGUAGUCAUUUUCAGUGGUGGCUCCCUGAUUAUGGAAAGCUCUGCCUAGUACUGCCACUGGCUACUUUUAGGAACCAGGCAAAAACAUUGCCAUUCAGCCAGGCCUUUAACUUGGAGAUUUUUAGGUACUGUUCCCUCCUUUAAUGCACGGGAUACGAACCUACCUAGAUCUUGUGAUCAUAAUCUGAAGCCCUUCUUCGUGUGCCUCCUCCACGAGAAGUCCGGAGGGCGGCAACAUGAGAAGGGGCCUUUUCUGCAGUGGCUCCCUAUUUGUGGAAUGCUCAUUAUACAGGGAGGCUCAUUAUACACCUUUAGGCACCAGGCAAAAACGUUACUCUUCAACCAGGCCUUUGGCUGAUUUAACAUCCUUUUAAAUGUGUUUGUGGGAGGGCUUUUUAUUGCUUUGUUUCUUUUUAUUAUGUAUUUUCAUCUUGUAUUUUCAUGCUAUGAACCUCCUUGAGAUCUACAGAUGAAGUAUGGUAUACAAAUUUAAUAAAUAAAAACAAAAUUUUGAGUUGACUUUUUGUAAAAGAGAGAGCAACUAAUAAGUAUUAUUACUGUUAUUAUAUCAUAUAAUAAUCACCGCCCACAACAAAACCCAGCUGUAUCAGAUCACUUGAGUUUUCUUCCUUGACCAGCUGCACCAUCUAUUUUCUGGAUUCAAGAGAAAGAAAGAAAAAGCACCCCUCUAUCAAUUUCAGCCCCUCAUUUGAGUUUGUAUGGAAUGGAAGCAAUCUGAAUGUGGUUCUGUAGGGAGAGGUGGGCGGAAGUGGAUGAGGCAAGAGUCUUGAUAGACUUGACACAACGCCUCUGAAUACCACCUCUGUUGCUUAUUAAGCCAAGAAGUCUAAACUCACUAGCAAACAUGACAACCAUGUGCCUUAAGCACCCUAGAAUGCCCUGUUGGUUCAAAUAAGUCAAUCCUUAGAGAACCGGUGAGCAACCUGGUACCCUUGAAAUGUUGCCAGACCACAGCACCUAUCAUCCCUGACCACUGGCCAUGCUGGCUGGGGCUUAUGGGAGCUGGAGUCUAACAACACUGGAGGAACCCCAUGUGCCGCUCUUAUCAUUGCAUCACUGCAAGCAUUUUGGUGUGCCAAUUGAGCCACCCUCCCUCUCCUCAGCUUGCAUGAGGUUCUCACGAUCCAAUUUCAGGGUGCAUGUGGGGGAGGAGAGGGGAAAGCCCUAUUGUGCAGGCAGAAGUCUUUGUACAGAGCUUCUGGCAGCGCUCAGUAGGUGAAUCCCUCCUCCAGUUUCCCCAACCCUGCCUUCUAGUUAACUGCCUCGAGGAUCCCAUAAUAUGCCCCUCUUAGGGCCACGUGAGCCUUCGCUUCCACAUCCUCCUAUGUGAUUUUUUCUCUUCCUGCCCUGCCAUUGCCACACUUCUCUUACUAGCUCCUGUCUUCACAGAUUAUGGCAUUAAACCAAAGAUGCCCAACUUCCGGAGACGGAUACAGCGGAAGGAAUCGGAAAAGCUGCAAAAAGCACACAAAAGCAAGCGGGAUGAGCCAAAUUUUGAGGAGUAUUAUUACGACGACCUCCUUUGAGUCUCUUAGGGAAAUGCAAAUAGAGGUGCCAUCUCUGAAGUGUACUUGCACCAACUAAUUGAUCUGUCACAGGCAGCAAAAGCCCCUCAAACCCAAAUCACCUAGUAAUGUAAGAAGAGAGAUCUUCCCCUUCCUUUGCUCUUCCACACUUGCAUGCCUCUUCCCCAUCCUCACAGUUCUGUCUGCUCUGUGCAUCCAUCCUACAGGCAUGGCACUUGGCACUCAGCAGGGCAGUUGCAAGGUCUUGGCUCACAUCUCAUGUUUUAACUCUUAUGGGUGUUGAGCAAAGCUUGAAAACAUUUGAUGAGGGCCAGAGAUGGGUGGGGGUGCUUUUUGCUGCAGAGGCUGGGACUGAGUUGGCCACAGCUUUCUGUUGCCGUUCUCUUCUCUCCCUCGCCACCCCUGUCAUGACUCUUCUUAUUGUGGGACCAAUAUUUCUUCCCUUCUUGCCCAUUCUUCUAUUCUUUGCUCCCACCGCACAAUAAAAUUCCAGAUUCUAUGGAAGCUGA